AUGUACUCUCCCUUCAGUUCGAAGGAGAACUUACAGUCCAGUGAGGAGGUGCAGGAUCUCCAGGUGAUUGACACACAGCCAGGACACUCUCUUGAUGCGCCUCCAUUUGCCGACUUCAGCCCAAUCAAUCCGAUUAUGGAGGAGGAUGCCGAGGGUGUUGACGGCAAAACCAGUGAGUCCAAAGGGACGGGCAGUGGCAGUGGACAAAAGGUCAAAGGCGACGGCGGCGGCGGCAGCGGUAGCGGUGGUGGUGGUGGGGGCAAUCGAUUGAAGCGAAACAUCAAGCACACCGGGAGCCUGAUUGUGCGCAAAUUAACUGCCGGCAGGCACAGUGAUGCGGACAAAAAGGGUGCGACUGGAAAAAAGGAUAAGGAGCAGCAGGAAGCGGGGGCCACGGACAAGGAGAAACCAGGCAGCAAGCCGGAGGGCAAAGUCCCCAUGCUACGCACCACAACCCUCUAA